AUGACGUGGCUCAACCGUGGGAUUCGAUUCAACCGCGCCACGUUAGUAGGCAGACGGUGCUUUCCACGUGGCAAGCCACCUUCCCCCUCGUGUUAA